UCUGGCAGGGUUUUAAACGCUUAGAGGGUUUCAUCUCGCCAUUUGUGUCUAUGAAAGACUCUUUUCCAGACAGCCGUACAAGUCAUUCACCUGACGAGUAUUGCCGAGGACAGCUCGGUUACAUUUUAUUUAAUUUUUUUACAACAGUCAGUGAUCGUACGUGCGUUUGAUUUUCAGUUCACCACCUUUAACGAGGAUUCUGUCAGCCAUUUUUUUUUAGAAAUAUCAUUUUUUUAUUAAUCCGAGUUUUAUGCAAAAGUAUUUGUGUGAUUGAAGAAGAAAGAAAUUGGAGACAUCAACCAUGUCUCUUCACAAGGAAAAGCAGCGCUUAAUCCAGACGUCUCGUCGUACUGGCUAUUCAUCGAUCGCAGGGGCGGAAUCCCGAUCGAGAUCAAACAAGCUGCACAGCAACGGCAAAGAUGACUUUACCGUUUCUUUUACAACAUCUCCUCCAGCGACUUAUUCAUGGGAAAAUAUUGAAAUUUACUUGGAAACAAGUCAGGGCAAUUGUUUCAAACGUUCCGCACCAGUUCAGAAACGGAUCCUUGACAAUGUCACCGGAUGUGUCCGUCCUGGUGAGUUCCUGGCUAUCAUGGGAGCAAGUGGUGCGGGGAAAACCACUCUUCUGAAUUGUCUGACCUUCAGGAACACGGGCAAACUCAAAAUUUCCGGAGACAGAUAUCUCAAUGGUGAAGUGGUUAACACCGAUACCUUGGCCCGCAUUUCCGGCUACGUUCAACAAGACGAUUUAUUUAUUCCUACUCUCAAAGUCAAAGAACAUCUACAGUUCCAGGCACUGUUGCGAAUGGACAAACAUCUGACUUACGCCGAAAGAAUGAUUCGUGUUGGCCAAGUCAUUCAUGAAUUAGGACUUUCCAAGUGUGAAAAUACAGUCAUUGGAAAUCCAGAGAGAGGAAUCAAAGGUAUUUCUGGAGGUGAAAGGAAACGACUGGCAUUCGCCUCGGAGGUAUUGACCAAUCCUUCGUUGAUGUUUUGUGACGAACCCACGUCUGGUCUCGAUUCUUACAUGGCACAAAACAUCGUUCAGGUAUUGAAAAAUAUUGCGUCAACUGGCAAGACGGUGGUGUGCACGAUCCACCAACCAUCAUCGGAAGUGUUUGCCUUGUUCGAUCGAAUUCUUUUGAUGGCCGAAGGAAGAACGGCCUUCCUGGGACCCGUUGGCGACGCUCUUUCCUUUUUCUCCGCCCAGGGAUUGCCUUGCCCACCCAACUACAAUCCUGCCGAUUAUUACAUCCACACUCUGGCCACGAUUCCUGGUCAGGAGGUCGAAUCCAAAAAGAAAAGCAGGGAGAUAUGUGACGCCUAUGAGGUUUCAACAGCCGGUCAACAAAUCCUUGAAAUUGUCAAAUCAAAUCGUUCGUUCAAUUUAACCGAAAGUCAAGAAUUUCAGCUUGAUGACGUGAAAGUCAAAAGAUCCCCUUACAAGGCUUCCUGGUUCGCUCAAUUCAGGGCCGUCUUUUGGAGGUCUUUACUUUCCGUGCUCAGAGAACCAGCCGUCUUGAGAGUCAAAGCAUUCCAGACCAUUUUCAUUUCAGCGCUCAUUGCUCUAAUCUACCAAGGACAGACACUUCAAUACGAUAACGUACGCAACAUCCAAGGUGCUCUUUUCAUUUUCCUCACCAACAUGACCUUUCAAAACGUCUUUGGAGUCGUCAAUGUAAUAACCAGUGAACUGCCGAUAUUCUUGCGCGAACAUUUCAACGGGAUGUACCGAACGGAUAUCUACUUCCUGUGUAAAACGCUCGCUGAUUUGCCUGUUUACAUAGUCUUCCCUUUCGUCUUCGUCACGAUCCCGUACUUCAUUAUCGGAUUGAAUCCGGGCGCCGAACAAUUCUUCAUCGCUUGUGGGAUUGUUAUUCUUGUCGCUAAUGUAGCGACGUCAUUCGGCUACAUGAUCUCCUGCAUGGCUGGAUCGACACAAAUCGCCCUAGCUAUGGCCGCUCCCCUUAUCAUUCCCUUGUUGCUUUUCGGUGGCUUCUUUCUGCAAAACGGAGCUGUCCCUUUCUACUUUGAAUGGAUGCGCUACAUCUCUUGGUUCAUGUACGGAAAUGAAGCACUUUCCAUCAACCAAUGGUCUGGUGUCACCUUCAACGAUACCAUCUGUCCAAGAGGGGUCUGCACUGGGGAGAAAAUCUUGGAGAAUUUCGACUUCAAUCCGAACUUUUUCUACCGUGACAUUGGAGGAUUGUGCGGAUUAAUUGUCGGUUUCCGCCUUGUAGCCUUCUUUGCCCUUUUGAGCAAGACUUACCGCAAAAAUUAAAUGUUUAAUUGCAAAAUUUUUUAAUGGAACGCAAUUUGAUUUCAAGUCAUACGUCGCAUCUCUUUGACUAUAUAGAGUCCACCCGAAUUCUCCCGUUUACAUUUUACUUUUUAAUACAUUCUCUACUCUCAGUU